GCUAUGUCAGAACAAACAGCGAGUUUCUCUUGCAGUCAGCUACGCCUCGCUCUCUCUCCCAACACUGAAGAACUGGUUUGUGAUAACAAACACGCUGCCUGACACAUGCUCUCAGUCGCUAAGACGCCCCACCUCUCCGCACUCUGCUGCCAGCUGUUUGGGUUUAGGCCUGCAGUGAAGAAGGCCGCCGGAGUCAUGCGUCGGCACCUGGAGCUGGCCGGCCUGGGUCUGUCCCUCACGGGGUGGUUCUGCGCCAUCCUGACGCGCUGCCUGGCCUUGUGGAAGGUCAGCGGCACACUGGACAACACCACAGCCACUCUGCCGGCCUACUGGGACGGGGUGUGGCUGGAAUGGGAUCACUGGGACCUGGCCCACGAUGGGCGUCUGCACUGCUCCUUCUACCAGUCGCUCAUGUCCCUCUCAGGAAGCUUCCGCACGUGGAGAGCCCUCAUCAUGGCUGCAGUGGGCGCCGGGGCUUUUGCCUCUGUGAUCGGCGCAGCGGGAGCCGUGUGGUUUCCCAGGCGGGGGCAGGUCAAGGUUUUUUCAGGGGCUGCCUUUGUUCUCUCUGGGAUACUGCUGCUGGUUCCCACUGCCUGGACCUGCCACCACUCCAGCCAGCCGCUAGAGGGCGCUUUGCACGUGAGGAGAGACUGGGGACCAGCCUUGUAUCUGGGAUGGAUCUCCUUUGCUCUGAUGCUGGCAGGAGGGCUCAUUCUCACCACACGGUGUCCCAAUUUAGAGGAACGGGCUCAGACCAGUGCACCUGAGGAGGAGGAGGCUACUCACCCACUGGGCAGGAUCAACAGGGCCACAUUCACACACAGCCAGUAUGAAAGUGGAUCGGUGCCAAUUUAAAAAUUCACGUGUGAAUAUUUGAGAAUGUGCAUGGAGUUUGACACUAGAAUGACUUGAGCGCCGUUCCUUGCCUGCUGUUACUUCAGCAAGAUGGAUGCGAACUUGUAGCUGUGGGAGCACAAACACUGAAAUCAUGAAUCAAUGAUUUUAUUGAGGAAGCAGGUGGCCUUUUGGAUUUGAAGUGUAUUGUGGAAGUUACAAUUAGCACAUGCAGACAGCAUCUUUAUAGCGUAGAAAGCAGUCCAGUGUGUUAGUUGUGUACAUUUAGAAUGAGAUUCGGGUACUUUGUUGCUUUGGUUUCUGCCAUUACUGAAGCCGACACGCUCUCUGCUGUACUUUCAACUUGCAUCAUUGUUCAGCUAAGGCCACAAACGUGUCGUUCCUAUGCAGGUGCAUCUCGAAAAAUUACAAUAUCAUGCAAAGGUUAUUUGGAUUUCAGGAGUUCACGUCAAGAGACCAGUUAAAAGCUCGGGUUUUUGCAGUUCCUUGGCUGAUUAGCGCGUGAAACUGUUGUUUACAAUACUGUGCUUUGUAAAUUAUUUUAUUGUUGAAAAUGUAAUUUUUUGAAUGAAACAACAUUCUUUAAACAUUUCACGCUGUGUGUAGUGAAUUGUAAGUUUUACGUUUGGAUUCAAAAUACUCAUAAAUGAACUUUUCCAAGAUAUUCAAAUUCACCGAGAUGCGCCUGAACAUGUUAAGAAAAUACUAAAGUACAUCAACACACAAGCCCUUUUCCAGGCAAACUAUCCCAUAGAUAAUGUAAAUGGAAUUUGACGUGCGUUGUGUGCGUUUCUUUAACUGAGCUGUGACAUAACCAUUCCGAUGGCAAUGUGGGAAACUACGUUUUCAUUUUGUUCUUAAUUCAAAAGAUAUAAUUAGGGCUGUCAAAAAUAGCAUGUUAAUUAAUCACGUUAAAUGUUUUAGCAUAAUUAACGGUAUCGUGGCAAGCCACGCCUCUGUUGUGGCGACGGCGGUGCGGUGUAGCGCCCCCCAGUCAGUCUGCCUCUGUUAUAACUUUAUUCUGACCUGAACACAUCAACAGCAGUGCAAGUCCAACAUCACGUACGUUAUCUCCCGCUCACAAACACGUCUCUGGUCCGUUUAGCCUGGGAACUACACUUCCUCGUUGCCACGAGACCACCGCAAGCUGCAUUCAGGGACACUCCGGACAUCACUACUUACUAUACGUGCAUUUGUGGUCUAAAUAAACUGAAAGGCAAAGAAAAACAGUUAUGUGGAUAUUCUUAUCACUCACUUUGUAACUUAGUACAAUUUGCUGCAUUCAAGUAUGCCCGGAAAUUCCAGAAAAUAAAGUCAAAACCUUCCAACUUAAAUUACGUGGUGUUUUUGAAGGCAACCCCGUUUUGCUCAUAAAACGGUUAGCGUGUUUGAAAUGUUCUGCUCUAAGAAACUAGCGUAAGGUAAAUAGUUUUUCAGACUUGUGUGCUAUCUUUUAGUUUGAUUUCAAUUUUCAGUUCAUUUGGAGCUGUUAAUACAUACAAAGAUAUUAUAAUCCUGUCCUGUCUUUAUCUUUCUUUCAAUAAAAUACAGUAAA